CAGCUACUAUAAACCACCUGAAUGGCAAACAUUUGUUCCAUUUUUGGUAGAAAGACUCCAGAACCAAGAUGGGUUUAAUUCUUCGCUUCUGUUUAUGGACCUUGUGCUUCAUAACACCCAUAGACUUGGCUACACAGGUUACCAACUUGCGGUUUAACUCGUUAAACUACCAGAUACUCCUGCGAUGGGAUACUUUUGACGGCAAUGAUACCCUGUACGACGUGCAAUACCAAGUAUAUGGAGAACCAUGGGAAAAUAAAGCAGAUUGUAUCGGCAUACGUGAGACACAGUGCAAUUUGACUUCGAUAACAUCCAGUCCUGAACAUGAGUGUGAAAACAUUUGGGCCAGAGUGAGAGUUACAACAGGAAAGUAUUCUUCACGCUGGACAAAUAGCAAAAGCUUUCAUCCAUUCCAUGACACAACCAUUGGCCCACCAACCGUGGCUCUCUCUAGCUCAUCCAACUCCAUCUCAGUAACCAUAAGUGUUCCAUGGAUUCUACAACGCAGCAAGUGUAUGUCCAAGGAAAACAAGAAGAAAACCCGCUUCCUUGUUAAUGUUUCAGACGUUUCAGAGGUGCCAAAAACAUAUGAUACAAAUGAAAAUUUCUGGAACAUAUCAAACUUAACACCUGGCUCAUCAUAUUGCAUUAGCGUUCAAAUAGAAUUAUGGAAUAGGAAGAAAAAAAGCAUCCCAAGCUCCAAACAGUGUGUGGACCUAGAAAGUACAAUAUUCAAAGAAAUCCUCGUAGGAUCAGUAGCAUUCGUUCUUGUGACAGUGUUUGCUAUCUCGAUGCUGGGAGUCUAUUUGGCAUUGUAUAAAUAUGUGUUACAUCCCAAAACACACCUUCCAUCAAAUCUGAUUUUGCAAGCAUUUCAUUCAAAGACAAGUAUGCAUAGAGGAGAUGAAACCAUAAUUAUACCAUCAACAUUUGAGAGUAUGGUGCUCAGUAGACACAUACUUGAAGCAAAAGAGGGCAGUCCUCAAAGUCUCCAGUACAAACGAUAUGUCUCAAAUGAGCCAGUGAGGAAUGAAUAUGUUAACUGUGAACUGAAGAAGGAUGACCAUCUUCUUGACCAUCAAGACAAAAAUAUAGAACUCAAAAACCCAACUUAUGCUACUAAAACUAUGAAAUGCAGUCUUACUCAGCAGUACCCAUAUGUUUGUAUAUCAUCACAACAUCCAUGUAAAAACAUAUGUUUUAGUGAGACAGCAGAGAUGUUUGAUUUUUCUAAUAUAUUUAAAAAACCCAGUUAUAUUAACACUGAAAAUGUGUUUGGAGAAUACUGCACAAAUACAGGGCAUGAAGCAUUGAAGUUAUCUUAUGUGAAUCAGGUCCAGAUAAAUCAGUCCAGUAAUACAUAUUUUAAUCAGUAUGAGUAAACAUGAGGAGAACAGUUUAACUUGUUAAUUAAUCAGCUUUGUAGAUUCUCAAAAAUAUCUGACAAUGCUAGAAGAUGUUGCAAGAACUUUGAUGCAACACAUGUCCUCCAUUACAGCGUGCAAUU